AUGAUUUCGAGAGCUCCUGCGACUUCAAACUUGCACCUGGAACCAGGCGAGGAUGAGGUAACUCUAGCAAAGCUAGGAUACAAGCAGGAGUUUCGCAGGGAAUUCACUCCGCUAGAGGUAUCUGGACUUGCAUUCAGCUAUAUAGGAGUGGUACCUUCUAUAGUCUCCGUGUUCUUUUAUGCCCUACCAAAUGGUGGGCCUUUCGCUAUGGUUUGGGGGUGGGCAAUUGCUUGCCCUUUUAUCAUGUGCAUCGGGUUGGCACUGGGAGAACUCGCGUCAGCAGCGCCUACUUCCGGUGGCCUAUACUAUUGGACUUACUCCCUUGCGUCUCCACGGUGCCGCAAUUUUCUGUGUUGGAUAGUUGGCUAUUCGAACACCAUAGAAUCUAUAGCGGGAGUCGCUUCGGUAAAUUGGGCGUGCGCGAUUCAAAUCACAGCCGCAAUCAGUAUCGCCUCUGGUCAACCAUAUGCGACUACUAAUGCGAAGAUCUACGGUAUAUACGCAGCUGUAAUGUUGUCACAAGCCGUCCUCGUGAGCCUCGGUACCAAAGUCUUGGCAAGACUGCAGUCACUGUAUACGUUGGUGAAUUUGUGCCUGUGCUUCAUAGUCAUUAUCGCGCUUCCGAUCGCAACACCAUCAGAAUAUCGAAACAGUGCAAGUUUUGCGCUAGGGAAUUUCACAAAUCUGGAUGGCUGGCCAUCUGGAUUCGCAUUUAUAUUGAGCUUAAUGGCUCCUCUUUGGACAAUAGGGGGUUAUGAUGCUAGCGUCCACAUGAGCGAGGAGGCUUCGAACGCCGCUACCGCAAUACCAUGGGCGAUCACCAGUUCCAUUAUUAUUGCGGCCGUCCUGGGUUGGGUCAUCAACGUUGUCCUUGCCUUUUGCAUGGGCACUGAUCUCGACGGCAUCUUAAAUAGCCCUUUAGGUCAGCCCUUGGCCCAGAUCUUUUACAAUUCGCUCGGGCAGAGAAUGGCCUUAGUUUUUUGGUGUUUCAUUAUCUCAGCCCAAUACAUGGUGUCAUCGAACUGUCUCCUGGUCGGCUCUCGCCAGACGUUUGCAUUUGCUCUCAAUACAGUUUGGUUCGACGCCGCCUGUGCUCUGUUAAUUGGACUUCUCGCGUUCGUGAGCACCCAAGCCGUCAAUGCGGUAUUCACAAUUGGUGUCACCGCGUCGUAUAUCUCCUACAUAACGCCUAUCACGACCCGUUUCGUGUUUAAUAACAACUUUAAACCCGGCCCAUUCCACCUUGGGAAAUUUAGUUUUCCGAUCUCUGCGAUCGCUGUGACAGGGAUGGUGUUCAUGAACAUCGUUUUCUUCUUUCCCUCCACCCCCCAAACAACCGCACAGGAGAUGAACUAUACAGUUGUGGUCCUUGGAGGGUUCAUGUUCCUUGCGAUUUCGUGGUAUUAUUUCCCGGUGUACGGAGGCGUGCAUUGGUUCAAUGGACCCAUAGCCAACAUUACACCGGCUAUCACAUGUGAAAACAGAGAUGAGGAUUCGAUGUCGGAGAAGGAAGAACGUGAUGCAGAAGUUAUUGAUGUAUAAGUGGUGUUCGCGUAGUGGUCGGUAUACUGGAAUGAUAUAGAUUUCAACAGGUUUCAAAAGGACUGAUUAUCCAAUAUUUCGCAAUCUUUUCCGUCUCAGCUCCCUCCUUGCUUACAUAGUCAUUGGUGUUCCUAUACUAGGGCUGAGGCAACAGCCCACAGGACGCAUAUGUUAUAGUGCCAUAUAUGCUUACCAUAGAAUAGAUAGCUACCUUGCAAGCAUUUGGUUCCUCAGUGUACUCUUUGACAUUUCCAGUAUGACGACGCAGAUGAUCAAAGGAAUACAUGUCAUUG